AUGGAUAGUAACAUACAACAGGUAGAUCAUUAGAUAUGUUUUUUACAAUUAUUAGUAAACAACGUAAAUUAACAAUAAAUUCAGAGAUUAAAAUUUAUAAGAUUAAAAUUUAAACUUAAUAUUUAAUAAAUAGAUACGUACUCUAUCUACUUUAUUCAAUUAAUGAUUCUUGAUUUAUUGUAAUUUUCUUUUACAGAUGAAUGUGAUUUAUUUUAUAUUUCUAUGUUUAUUAUUAUCAUUACUGAAAAAUGGAGCUGAUGGAGGCUCAGUUACAGUAACAGAAGUCCCAGCUGGUCAUUUAGCUGAACUUCCAUGUUUAAGCAGUGAUGAUCAUCAUCGUUUUAUGUUUUGGCAACUUACUGAUGAUAAUCGCAUUAUUGGACCUGGAAAUCCAAUGGAUGAAAACAAGUACAAUUAUGAAGUGCUAACAGGAAAACUUUUCAUAAGGGGUGUAUCAACAGCUGAAUCUGGCUUCUAUAAGUGUGUUUCUAAAGGUAUAUCAGAUCAUUCUGCUAUUAAUAUUCAUGUUGUUGAAUUAAUAGUUAAGAAAGAUUGGGAAGAUGUUUGGGAAAAUGAUUUUGAGACAAAUUUAUUACGGGGUAUGGCUGCUGUUAUGGUAAUAGUUGUUGCUAUAGCUGUUGUCCUUUUCAUUAUCACAACAAAAAGAAGACGCAAUCGCAGAUUUUUUGAUUUGGAAGAAUCAAGAGAAAAUUCUCCUGCAAAGUAUACACCAAAUGUCUAUACUGGCCCUGCACCAACUAUACCAACAAUCGAUGAAGGGGGUAUUGAUAAUGAAGCUCUUGAUAUUGAUUUUCCAAGGGUACUCAAACAAAUGCAAAAAUAA